UCACGUCACUCCUUUUCCUUAGAAGAGCAGCUGUAGAUCAUCAUCAGCCUGCUGCUUGUUAUCACUUCCCAUAUUUGAGGUUUGGAUGCAGAGGACAAACAUCGGCCACUGGUGUAGGAACUUAUUCAGGUUUCACUCUGAAGAAUGGAAGGUCUCUACUUUAACAGCACCUCACAGAACCAAAGCUAUAACUACAGCUACAGCAUCUGCAACUAUCAGAGUUACAUCAACAUCACUGUGACCGACUAUAGUUACAACUUCACCUCUUCCUACUAUGAUUACAGCGAGUUCGAGGAGUAUUGCAAAAAACUUUUCAUCGUGUAUGUGGUGACAUGCAUAAUCAUCGCUAUCGGCCUUCCUCUGAUCCUGGUGGCCAUCUAUGCUCUUUAUUCUAUGGUGAGAAGUGAUCAUGUUGCUCCCAUCUACCUCAUCAACCUUCUCAUUACCGACCUGCUUCAACUCUGCUUCAUGAUCGUUGAGGUGGCACAACCUGAGGAUUGGAAGAUAUCUGAGAUCUUUUUCUAUUUUUAUCUCGUUGUUCUGGUUGCCAGUGUGAACUUCAUGGUCUGCAUCUCCCUGGAAAGGUAUUUGGUCAUCGCCCACCCACUGUGGUACCACUUUGGACGAACCAUCAAGAGCUCUGUGGUGGUCUGUGUCCUGGUCUGGGUCAUUUCUCUUGUCUUUGUCGUCCUUUUCUAUUUCGUUGAUUAUCUGGUCGCCAUCAUAAUGUUCGUCAUCCUCCAGCUCCUUCCCUUCCCGCCGUUAAUAUUCUCCCUGGUUGGGACCCUCAAAGCCCUGUCUGCUACCAUCUCGGUCCCCUCUGAUCAAAAACGAAGAAUUGUGGGAAUUUUGGUUCUGGUGCUGCUUAUUUACACCCUGCUGUUCCUGCCCAACAUAAUUUUUUACCUAGAAGAUCUGAAAGAAAAGUAUGAUGAGAACCUCGACAUCCUGUCUUUUAUCUUCGUGAAGUUCAGUCCUCUUGCAGACUCAGUCCUGUAUGUCUUCAUGAGGAAAGGGUUCAUAGACAAGCUUUUGGCCUCUGUGUGUUGCUGCAGAAUGGACAGCAAUGAUAUCAGCAGGUCAUCAGUAUGAAUGAUG